GUUGACGACGCCGAAGGCCGGGCAAUCAAGGACUCCCGAUACGCAUGCUUGAAGAGGUGUUUAUUCAAUUACGCCAUAAACAAAGAAUUGUUUCAAUCAACAGGCGACCGCAACCUGAGAAAGAGAAGCUUGCGCCUGUGACUGCAAUUCUCAUUACUUGCUGACCUCUUUUCUUUCGCAAGAAACUGCGAGUGGAGCAUUUGCUCUUCCGAACCUUGUUUAUAUUAUAUCAUUGAUUUCAUUCACCUUGACCGUUUGUCCUCUCUUUUUCCUUGUUCCAGGCCGACGCCGGUCAGGGAACUUGCUGGGCAGACUGACCACACAAGCUGGCUUCGGACAUGGGUGUUAUUAAGAAGAAGACCGCUGCGCGCGGGACAGAGGGCGGCGUGAAAUACGUAUGCGAUGUGUGCUCGGUGGAUAUUACCUCAACAGUUCGAAUACGUUGUGCGCAUAGCGUUUGCAGUGAUUACGACCUAUGCGUGGUGUGUUUCUCAAGCGGAGAAGCGUCGCAUAACCACGACCCAAGGACACACCCAUAUCAGGUCAUCGAACAACACUCGGUACCAAUUUAUCAGGAAGAUUGGGGUGCAGACGAGGAGCUUCUCCUCUUAGAAGGCGCGGAAACCUACGGGCUGGGAUCUUGGGCAGACAUUGCGGAUCACAUUGGGGGGUAUCGAACAAAGGACGAGGUCCGAGACCACUACACACAGACCUAUAUCGAGAGCUCCAAAUUCCCGCUCCCAGAGCGAGCCAGUCCCAAUGACCGAAGCCUCAUCGAUUUAACAACGCGCGAAGAGUUCCAGGCGCGGAAAAAGCGGCGAAUUGAGGAGCGCAAAGAAGCGGCCAAGGCGGCGGCACCAACAACACCCAAACAAAAGCCAACGAGCAGUGUUCCAGCAUGUCACGAAGUCCAGGGUUACAUGCCAGGACGACUCGAAUUCGAAACUGAAUUCAUGAACGAAGCCGAGGAGACAGUUCAGCACAUGCAAUUCGAUCCGGGCGACGGCGUCAACCCCAGGACGGGCGAGACGGAGCCCGAGGUUGAGCUCAAAUUGACAGUCAUGGACAUUUACAACUCAAGAUUGAUACGGCGGACCGAACGCAAGAAGAUUAUUUUUGAGCACAACCUGCUGGAAUAUCGCAAAAACACUGCGCUGGACAAGAAACGAACAAAAGAAGAGCGCGACUUGCUAAACAAGGCCAAGCCGUUCGCGCGCAUGAUGAACCGUCAAGAUUUCGAUGAGUUCUGCACCGGCCUCGAAUACGAAUACAACCUGCGUCAAGCCAUUGCCCAGCUCCAAGAGUGGCGCAAUAUGCGCAUCGGCGAUCUCAAGACCGGCGAGAAAUACGAACAGGAGAAACAAGCUCGCGCCCAACGACCCCCCGCCCUCACCGGCGCCUUUGACCGACUAGCCAGCGCUCGCGCCAACAAGGCCACGCCGCCAGUCGAAACGCCCACAUCCACAAGCAUCCUCACCGCGCCCGAGCUGCCGCUUCGUUUGCAGCAGCAGCAGUCGCAGCAGCAUCAGAACCGCGGCGCGCCCGACAAGACCCAGCUCGCCAAUGGCUACGCAACCAACGGCGCGACGCCUACUCCCACACCGUCGUCCAACAAGUCACGAUACGUCGUCCAGCCACUGAACAACGCUCCUCCGCUGAAACUCAACAGCGAGAACGCGACUGACUUCCACCUCCUGACAAAAGAAGAGCAAGAGCUAUGCAGCGUACUCCGAAUCUAUCCCAAGCCGUAUCUGGUCAUCAAGGAGCAUCUGAUGAAGGAAGCAAUGAAGCAGGGCGGCAAUCUCAAACGCAAAGCCGCCCGAGAAAUCUGCAAGAUCGACGUCAACAAGAGCGGCAAGAUCUUUGAGUUUUUCGUACACAGCGGCUGGAUCGGAAAAGCAUGAUUCUAUGAUCCUAUCCCAUCAUUCCACCGCUCCAUCCCCUAACGUUGUUUUCUCGCCUGUCAAACGGCCAUUGAACAGGUCAAUGGUUUCCACUUCGCGUUGUAGAUUAGCCUGUUAUCCCUUUCUCCAAUUUUUUUCACGCUGGAUGGCGUUUCCCAAGGACAUUUACUUUUCCUUUUUUUUCCCUUACUCCUCUUUCUUUGCCCGGGAGACUGAUACAAUUCUGUACAAUUCUAAUCUGGAGUUCUUUACUUUUUUGUCUUUUCCUCUUCUGCGGU